UGAAAGAGUUCUUUAAUUGCUUCAAAAAUUAUCAAAUUUAAACUCCAAGAGGCAAUGUAAUAAGAAUUAAAUAUAUUAAUAAAAACAAACAUGAUGCAACGUAAAUAAGUGCCAAAUGUGUGUAGCUAAAGAAGCUACUUUUUUAAAAAUGGAAAUUCUUGACUCAUCAUUUAAAUGAAGAAUAAAAUUGAAAAAUUAAUAUUUUAACAUCUAUUAUAAAUGAAAUAGAAAUAUAUUUUUGUCAUCAUUUAGAAGAUUUUAGUAGAAAAAACAAGAAAAUAUUGAAAGAAUUUUUGUAAAAUUUUAAAAACAACUGUUGAAAAAAAAGAAAACAAUAGUCAUAAAACUUCCACAAUAUAUAAAGUGAAAAUAUUUUAGAAAAAUUUUUGUGAAGUAAUAUUUAAAAAUGUUUCUCUUGACUUCCGUAUUUCAUCGAGUUACAUUCUCAGUUGUGGCAAUUUUAUUGCUUUAUUUUAUAUUCAUGGAUACACUGUUAUAUUCACGAGUACAUAAAUACUCGAUUAAACCAAAUGAUAAUAAGCCUCAAUAUGAAGGAAUAAUUCCAUGUUCAUUUGAUCCUCUUUGCGUGGUAACUGUCAAAGGCCUAAUGUUGGAUCAUCCAAAUUAUUAUCUACUUGGUCCACUAGCUGCAAUUGUAAAUCAAGCUUUUGGAAUAAGUGACUGUAAAUGGAUUUCACCAAAUUUAAUUAGUGGAUUUCAUGUAUUAGUAGCAAUAGCGGCGGGAAAAUGUGCCUCAAGUGAUUCACUUUCUCAACGGCGUCUUGCUGUAUUACUUUUUGAAAUUAGAACAUGGUUAGAUGAUUUAGAUGGACAUGUAGCUAGAAAAAGAAAACACAUUGACGGUGAACAUUCUGAUGUUGGUUCAGUUGGAUAUUUCGUCGAUGGAAUUUGUGAUGCACUUGGCUGUAUAGCAUUGAUGAUUGGAAUAUUUUGCUAUUUUCAAAAAAAUCCACCUGGACGGGGAUAUGAGAAACUUAAUAAUGUGAUACCAUUUGUGGAAAGUCGUGAUGUUGAUCCUGAAACUAUUUAUAAGAGACGACGCUCUAGAAAUGUUAUUGGAACAGUAAUACUAUUUGUUGGUUAUUUACUGGUCAGUAGUGUCGGAUGGAAUCGUUAUAUUUCACUUUAUCAAGAUUUAUUGGAAACCGAUACCAGCUCGUCUUCCAUAACAAAAGAUGAAUUACUUUUUAGACAAGCAAAAGUAAUGCAAUCAAGUUCAUUUUGGGCAAUGUCCAUUGCUUGGAAGCUUGUCAAUUUCCACAUUGCCGUUGAUUGUAUGCUUUUAGCAAUGUUUUUAGAUAGACUUUGGGAAUAUAUGAGAACAUUAAGAUGGCUUGGAUAUAUUGUUGUUCUUGUAGUUGUUUAUUUUACGGAAUUUCAUUUUCUCGAAUCUUAUGCAUUUGUUCACGGUUCAGCAUCGGUUCCUACAUUUGAAUUCACAUCAACUGACACUAUGCCUAUAUGGAACGAGACAAAUAUUCAACGAUAGUAGUUUAGGAGAAAGAAAAAAAUAAAAAAAAAAAACAUUAUUUUCAAAGACUUUCUCAGGAAAUGGAUCGCAUUAACUUUCCACCUAUAAAUAAAUAUGCGUAAUAUAAGGAUAUAUACAUUUUUUAUAUACAAUUUUAUAUACUAGAAAAAUUAUAUCUAUUUGGUAAUACUAUAAUUUAUUUAUUAUUUUGCAUUUUAAUUUUAUAGAUUUUUUUUUCUACCAAUAAAAUAUUUUUCUGGGAAAAAUUGUGUACAAAUGUAUUUUAAAUAACGUGUAAUUCAUAAUGCAAUAUUUAUUAUUAAUAUAAUUUAUUAAUUUAAAAUAAUUUUUUUAUUUCAAGUGGAUUUCAAUAUAUUUUAGAUUUAAAAAUAACGUAAAAUAUUUUUGAACCUUGUUUACAAUUUUUUUUGUAGCUGAAGGGUUUGUGUGAUCCAUUUUUUUAAAGAACGGGAAAAAAGAAACGUUGUUGAAAGUUAUAUUAACGGAAGGAUUAACUGCCUAUAUAUUAGAACAGAAAUUGAAUGAAAGCUCAAAUUAAGAUAAAUAUAUUUUUAGAUCACCUUGAAAAUAUAUUCUACACAUUUUUAAUCUAGAAUUUUAAAAGAUUUGAGAAUUAUAUGUGUAAUUCUCUAAAAAAAAAUAUAUAUAUAUAUAUAUUCCGAUAAUUCGUCUUUUUCAUGAAAUAUUCUAAUAAUAAUACUGGCUUUGAAUUUCUGUAUAUAAAAUAAAUUCGUAAUGUAAUUUAAUAAAAAUUUGUGAAUGUAAACCAUUUACAAUGAAAAUAGGCAAUCAUUAAAAAAACAUAGAAAUUUAAUAUUUAAUAAAAAAAAAUUUCAUGUAUGUUGAAUUGUCUUACUGACAAAAAAUAUUUUGCUUAAUUAGAAAUACAACUUUUAUGUAACUGACAAUUGAUGUGAAAUUUUAACUAAAAUGUAAAUAUAUAUAUAUAAAAUAUAAUAUUUCAAUUGUUGGUCAGCUUAUCAAAUAUAUUAUAUUACGCGAAUAUAUUAAAAAAAAAUAUAGUAAUAUUAAAAAUGGUUCAUUCUUCCGUUAAUUUGCUUGAAUGUUUCGUAUAAACAUAUCUUUAUAAACAAUGCAAUAAUUUAUUUAAAUACUUCGAAAGUCAGAUAAUUUUUUUUUAAGUUUAAAAAUUUUGAUAUUAUAUUAAACAACAAUAGAUGUUUUGAGAUUCUAAACUAUUUAUAAUUUAAUACAAAAAAGUAUUUAGCUAUCAAUAUAUUUUUCCCACGUUGUUUAUAUUAUUAUUAAAUAUAAAAAAUACGUUGAUAAGACUGACAAGAAAAUAGUUUUUCUAUUAUAUUCCAUCUAGAUUUCUUGAUUUUCAGUAUAUAUUUCAAAUAAGUAUAUAUGUUCAUAAUAAAUAAGUAUACAUUGUAUAUUAGAUAAAUAUCUACAUCGAAAAGAAAUUAUAGAUUGUUAACAAAUAUUCUACUAUAUUUGAAUAACAAGUUAAUUAUAAUUAUUUAUAUAUAACAACGCAAAAUCAAAGAAUUUUUUAUAAUUAUAAAUUUCUUCCGUUUAAUAAAACCACAUUAAUAUUUUAUUAUUAUUAUUAUUAUUAUAAUAUAUAGUUAUACUACUAGCGGCGAGUUACUUUUCACAUCUUUUAUAUAAAUAUUAAGGUAUAUUUAAAUGGAACCCUGAUUGAUUUAUAAUUUAUUAUAAUAUACUAUAUACUAUACACCAUAUAUUAGAAUUUAUGAAAACAUGCAACUGUUAAAUCCUUUAAUCUUUAUUAAGCCUAUGUCAAAAAAUUUUCUAAAUAAUAUACGAAAGAAGCGCUGAA